GAACUCCAGUGCAGAACACUCCCAUUAACAGAACAGAAGCCAUCGGGGCAGCCAGCCUUACAGAAGAGGUCACGGCCAGGCCUGGGAACUGCUUAAGAAAAGAAAACACCCUAAACUUCAGCUCACUGCUUUGCUAAAUGCACAAAUGUGUCUCUUUUGAACCCAGCUCAAAGCUGAUCUCUGCGGAAGGACGCCUGAGUGCACUAAAAUAGCACUGCCCAGCUGCAGCACUGACAUUUGGAGUACAGCAGGCAGAGCAGCAAGGCACGGGGAGCAGCUCCUCAGCUCUGCACUCCAAAGCACACACCGACAGCCGAGGACAUCGAGGGAGCAACACACCAAUGAGCACGGCAGGGCAGCGCAGGAGGCUUCGCUGUGAGCAGGAGAAGCACAGCUUCAAUGGACAGAGUUGGAUGCCUGCUCUCCCCAUGCUGAGCUCAGCGCUGGACAGACCCACUCUGCCCCACACCAGCCUGCAGAGGUCCCAAAAGCGAGGAAGGCACUGAGACCCUCUGAAAGCCACUGCCAUGCUCAGGAGAGCCCCUUCCUUUGAGCCAGGUCCGAGCAUACCACACAGGCUGCUAUCUCUAUUAGUUGCUUACUACCUUUUGCUACAGGAGCACCACUGAAGUUUCUCUCCACUCUGUGCCCAGCGUUGCACUGAGCACACGGCCAGGCUCUGCUCCAAGGGCCGCACACAGACCCUGCUGCAGAGCACACCUCCAUCAGGGCUCUUCUAUCAGCCCUCUCUCAAAACGUCAGAGAGAAGCUUGGCAUGUUCUUCCUCACUGAUAAAUGCCAUUUAGCAGUUCAGAAAAGAGUUCUGGAGAAAAUGACCACCAUCAAUCUUUUCUGACCCAGCAGCAGCAUUGCAUGUCUAUCAAACAGCAGCAUUAAUUUCCACAAAUAGCUGAAAAUGUUCACUUAAUACUGCAGAAUAUACUCAAGACAACAAAAACCCACUCCAGUAUGAGCGAGUGCAUGUCAGAGAGAGCCGGAUGCCCGACCAGGUGAGAAAAAGCACAGGUAACUUUUACCAGAAACGCCAACAGCAUGAUGCGAGCAGAAGAGCCACAAGCCUCGAGCUGCGUGCAUACAGUGAUGGUCCAGGACAAACACAGCUGCUCCCACCAUGGCUCUGUUCCGGAGCAAUGCUGAGGGCCUGCUGACAGAUUGCACAGGGCAGCACCAUGAUGACAGCUCUAACCGCCGUGCUUCCUGCCCAGCAGAUCGCUCUGCUGGAGGACAGGCCCUGCACUAAUGAUGGAAGGCUCUCGAGGCCCUUAGCACCUGCACUAAAAGCACCCAGCAGUCCGAUCCAGAAAGGAUCAAAGACAUUGUAAGAUGUUCAAUUCCAGCACAAACUCCUCGGGAAGCAGCUGCAGUAACAGCACAGUAAUAACAAAGACAGUCAUUCCCCUGAUCUACUGCCUGAUUUUCGUGGUAGGGCUGCUGCUGAAUGGCGUGGCAGCAUGGAUCUUCCUGUGCAUCUCCAGCGAGAAGAGUUUUAUCGUCUAUCUCAAAAACAUCGUCGUCGCAGAUCUCCUGAUGAGUCUGACAUUUCCUUUCAAAAUUCUCGCCGACUCGGAAAUUGCACCUCCACAGCUCAACACGUUUGUGUGCAGGUACUCUGCUGUUGUUUUUUAUGCAAACAUGUAUAUCGGAAUAACGUUUUUUGGCCUCAUCGGUUUUGACAGGUACUACAAAAUCGUGAAGCCUUUAUUCACCUCCUUUGUCCACACGGCUCACUACAGUAAGGUUCUCUCUGUCAUCAUAUGGCUAUUGAUUAUGUUUAUCACGCUUCCAAAUAUGAUUUUAACUAACGAAAUCCCUAAAGCAAAUUAUUCCAGAACAUGCAUCGGUCUUAAAAGCGAACUUGGCAAACAGUGGCACAAGGUGUCCAGUUAUAUUUGUACAGGGAUUUUCUGGAUUGUUUUCCUCCUACUCAUCAUUUUUUACACUUCAAUCUCAAAAAAAAUAUACAGCUCCUACAAAAAGUUCAGACGGAACUCAGAGUUCACUAAGAGGAAAACCAGCCGUAAUAUAUUCACCAUCAUGUUCGUGUUUGUCCUCUGCUUUGUGCCGUACCACUUCUGCCGAAUCCCGUACACCCUGAGCCAGACCAGCUCACAGUUCGACUGCCGCUCGCAGAGAGCUCUGUUCCACGCCAAGGAGUUCACUCUGCUAUUAUCUGCUGCCAACGUCUGCCUCGACCCCAUUAUUUAUUUUUUCCUCUGCCAACCUUUUAGAGAAAGGCUGUAUCAAAAACUGCACCUCAAGCUGAAAACGUCAGGUGAGGCUGAAAUCACCAAAUCGAGGAGAUCAAACACGCUUCAGGAAAGCGUGAACAUUCUGUAAGUUCAGGUCUGUAGAAUAACGCAGGCUUGAACGUUGCCCCAGAAUGCAAACACUGACACUGCAGAAAGAAACUGAACAGGUGAUGACCAGCAAUAAACCGAAAAAGGUUUCAAGCACAAAAUACCAAGCAAUGUUUCUCUAUAUAAAAAGUCUAUUGCAUGCUGUUGGUGUAUUUACUACGUGGUAUUUCAGCUGACUGUGACUGCACUGAGGUGCAUUGUGACCUAUCUGGAUCUCAGAAAAGAGUAACUGGAACAAAACAUUCUGGAGUGCCAGGCCACAGUUCUGAAAGAAUUAUCCCAGCCUUGAAGUGCCCUCACUCCUCAUGAAGCCAGGCAGGACACAUCUGAGGAGCAGCAGGGCAGCCCAAAGCGCCUGCGAACAACAGAUCAUCCCAGCUCAACUGGAGCAGACCCCCUGAAGCAACACGAUCAGCUCAGCUGGGCCUCCCUGGCUCAGCCUCUGCCACGGAGAGCUCUCUGUGCAUUCACCAACUCAGACAGCAAAGCCUUUAAUGAAGUGCCCAAAUGCUUUAAUGACCUGCCAAAGAAAAGGCAGCUCUGUGCGUGUGUUGUGUAUAUAUAUGUGUGUGUGUGUAUAUAUAUAUAUAUAUAUAUAUAUA